AUGGAUGAGCCAAAUCUAUACGACUCUGAUGAUUCAGAAGAGCAAGUGAAGAUUGACAUACGAGAAGGUAUUCAGGUAUGUUUUAAAUCUUUUUUUAUAUUUUUUAUCUUUGCUUAAGUGUUACAAUGUAAAAAAUAUUUUAAAAAUUUAUUAAGACAUAAAAAGUUAUUUUUAGAUAAGUAUGACUCAUACAAAUGACCCUGAUAGAGAACCAUUUGUUAUAGUUGAGCACCAGAGCAUAAACGUAGAAUCGACUGGAAAAGUCGAUCGGACAAAAGCCUAUGUCAGCGACAAGGAAAUUGAUGCUACUGUGUACAAAAAGGACAAGGAUAUACAAACUACGUACGAUUUACUGUGUAAUUUUGAUGAGAUAUGAUCUUGUGACAAGUUUUUGAACAGAAAUGUGUAUAUGUCAUGUAUUAGGUUACAUUUGGUACAUGACAUACAUUAAGACAUAGAUAGCAUAUUACUAUAUUUUUAGUUGGAUUUAUAGCUCUUUUUAUACGUUAUGGCUCUUAAUCUGACCAUAUUACAGUAAUUGUUCCAAAAAAGAUGCAGAAACUCAACAUGAACAUCAGACCUUGUCUAUGGAGCAACUACAACGAGUUCAAGCGUCGCAAAAGUUUGAAAGAUUUUUGAAAACAGUAGUUCCUGUGUAAGUCUUAUAAAAUAUGUUUUUUAGAUUAAACCAUCAACCUUCUAACAAGCAUAUAUAUAUAAGACAAUGGGUUACUUAUAUUACGCAAACUUGUGUACUCAUAACAAUUAAAUGUACUUCCUUUCAGUAUGGAAGAAGAAGUCCGCCGAAACGCGAUUCUGGAGAAGAUAUUGUGGUGA